CGGUUCCCCCCCCCCUCCCCUCACACACACACACACAGCCACACCCCGCGCCGCCCCGCUUCUGCAGCCCCUCGCCUCCCCCCUCGCUCGCCCCUUUCUUGCCGGGUCGUGCUGCCGCCCCCUUCCGCCCUCGCUCGCUGCACCCCUCUCCUUUGCCUGUCUGGCUCGCCCGGCCCCUUCUCCCGCGCGAGGUCCCGCACAGCAGUCCCUCGGGCUUUCCUCCGGAGCCGCCCCUCCUCCCCUCGUCCCUUUCCGACCGAUUGCGUCGUGUGGGAUCUGGCCGCCGCUUAGCCUCUAGACUUUGCUCAACAUGCUCCGCGCCGGCACUCUCCUCUUCCGGCACCGCCACCAGGCGGCUUCCGUCGUCUCUCGCGCCCUGGCCACCAGCUCCCUCACCAACGAUGAGCCCUUCCCCCGGCCCCCGCCCUCGGCCGCCGAGGAGCUGAACCUGCUCAAUGUCCCGCCAAGUGUGCCGAGCGAGGUUCUCGCGCGCAUCCUCCCGGAGGAGCAGCAGCCGGUCAACCUCUUCCUCAAGGCGUGGUCCGUCGCCCCGGAGAAGGUGGCGGCCGAGCUCAGCGCCUCGACCGGGCUGGACUCCUCCUCGCCCCUCUCCUUCAAUCGCGUCCUGAUGGAGGCCAUCCUGGACCACCUGCGUCUUCCCUCCCCCUACACCAGUGCCGAGCAUAUGGCCCGUGCUGUGCGCGAUGGCGAGCGCGAGCUCGAGCUCUUCCGCAUCGCGUCCCAGACAUCGGCCGAGCACCGUCAGCAUGGUGACGGGUCUGUCAUGUCGGAGCCCGAGGUCCUGAUCCGGCUGCACAACAGCCACGUUCACACCCUGGACAUGGCCAAGUACCGCGAGGUGUAUACCGUGGCCUAUCAGGCCCAGCGGACGGCCGUUCGCCAGACCAUCUUCAACUGCAUGUACCUGUCCCUGUCGGAUCCGAUGCCCAAUGUCGCCCUCUCCAGCCGGUACCAGCGCGACCCAACCGUCGACCCGGCCCUCCCCGGUGACAUGGUCCUUCCCUUCCACAUGCUGAUGGAGCGCUUCGGGAAUAAGGCCGCCCUGGAGAGCCUGUUCGCCGAUGAGUCCUCCAGUGGCUCGCCGAGUGAGGCUCCCGACUCGGAGUCGCUCGACGCCCAUGCCAGUGAGUCCGGCACCGGCGAGCCAGCCACCAAUGCCGACGGCGAGGAGCUCGCCUCCCCGGCCGAAGUGCGCCAGGUCCUGGCCAAUGCCAACAACAUGGUGGUGGAGCAUGUGGCGCGCGACCUCUUCCAAAAGCUGGCCGACCAGGGGGUGCACAUGUUCUCCCCCCGUCAGGCGAAGGCCUUCCACGCGGCCACCGGGGGCUUCAUCUCCGACAUGACCCUCGAGGAGAUUACCACGGCCCUGGAGAACAUCCUGCAGGACCCGGCCCAGCGGGCGGAUCUUCUGCGCCCUUCGCCCGAUGCCCCGGCGGAUCCGCUGCGCAUUUACGACUUCCUGGAUCUGCUGGCCUCGCAGGAUUUCAUGGCCGGCGCCGUGGCCGGUGUCGAUGGCGGUGUCGACGUCGGCAACAGCCCCACCGGCAUUCCCUUCGUCCAGCACAACCCCCAUGUCCUGACUCCCAUCUCGCUGGAUCCGGAGCCGACGGUCGGCCAGUACCUCCGUUGCCGGCAACAGGCCGAGGACCUCGCCAAGACGGUGAUGGAGCUCAUGGCCUCCGGCCUGCCGCUGGAUGCCAUCCACACCUCGGUCUUGUACCUGCUGGUGGCCAGCCAGCGGUAUGGGCUGCUGUCCAAGCCGGACAACCUUGACCAGCUGCACGCCGUGAGCCCGGAAACCCGGAUGUCCUCGAUCCCCGGGGUCAGCACCUCUUUCGAGUUCAACAACUUCAUCCGCGCAUUCGUCCUGGAGUCCAAUCGCCACCUGAGCACCACCGCCUCGCCGACCAGUUCCAUCUUGCACGGCCGCACCAGCGCCGUGUCUGCCUCUGCCCCGGGUAGCUCCAUCCCUCAGCCGCCCACUGUGGAGGAGAUGUUCUCCCUGUCGCGCGAGAUCAAGCAGCAGGCCGCCGAGCGUCCGAUGACCCGUGCCGAAGUCAGCGCUGCCAUGGAUAUCAUGCUGAAGCGCUACAUGCACCCGGAGGCCGGUCUCUUCUACGAGAAGAUGCCCGCCCAGCAGCCGGAGUUCAUCCAGCAAAUCACCAAGACCCAGUUCUUCAAGGACAUCAUCUCCGACCCGAAGCGCCUGGAGGCGAUCCUGCGCGAGGCCUCGGCCGUGCAGAAGGACCUCGGCUUCCAGCCCUCCGACACCUAUCUGACCACCGAGGAGCAGGCCAAGCUGCGCCACCUGCGCGGCGGUCUGGAAAUCUCCGAGCAGGCCCCCGAGCAGCACCGCCAGAUGAUGGAGGCCGGCCAGCGUUCGGCCGUGCGCCAUCCCUUCCGCUUUGUGCCGAGCUGGGACACCACCAUCGGGUUUGGCGUGGCCGGGGCCGAGGAUUUCGCCUUUGCCCCGUCGCACGACAUGCAGUUUGCGUCGGACAUGACCGCGCAGCUGUACCGCACCGAUGAGUACACCGCGUCCGACCUGCGGACCUCGGUGGCCGAGUUCCGCCGGUUGUCCGAGGCCGACCGGGCCGUGUCCUCCGAGUACAACCUGUCCGGGUACCGGGCGCAGACUCGCUUGUCGGCUUAUGGCCAGCGCGUGCGCCGGUACCUGCGCGAGCAGGGCCUCGAUGAGGAGGCCGAUUGGGAUCUGGUUCGCAAGGUCCCUCGGCGUGAUGGCCGGGGAUUCUUCCUGGCCCGGCGCCACCGCAAGCCGGUGGAGCUGCUGAACCUCAUCCACCUGGGCGAGCUCCGCGAGGGGACCAUUUCCCGGGUGGAGGCCGAGCGCAUGGUCAAGUUCCUGACCACCCAGCGGCAGAUUGCCCGCCAGUUGGACGGCGUGUCCGACCUGGCGGCGUACAUCCAGCAGUUGCCGGCCAACCUGCGGGCCACCGCCUCCCAGCGCUUCGACAACUUCGGUCGCAUUUCCCAGAUCCUCGGGGCCAAGUCCCUGCAGGAGGCUGACCACAUGCUCCUGGGCCAUGCCUUUGCCUUUACGGUGCUCGGUCGUCGUCUGCAGGAUGCCGAGAUGCGCAAGCUCACCGAGACCCCGGCCCAGCGGGAGGCCCGCACCAAGCAGGAGUUCAUCAAGACCAAGGAGACCGAGUACAACCAGUACAAGAAGUACCAGGUGAUCAACUUCCUGGAUGACAGCUUCUACACCGAUAUGUUCAACAACUUCCACCCGGAGCAUCUGCACCCGGACUCGGACUUCAUCCCGGCCAUCCAGUACCAUGCGUAUGAUCUUCCCUCCUUCACUCAGAUCAACUGGGCUGCCUUCCUGAAGACGGACUUCAAGCGUCCGAUCAACGACCCCUUCAACGACCAGCACCACCAUGACCCGAAGCUGAUGAUGAAGCCCCUGUCAGUGCGCCGCGCUCUUGCGGAUCAUCUCCCCAAGGAUGUCAAGCUCACCAAGGUUCAGAAGUGGUACCUGCGCGUGGUCUACCGCACUCUCAAGGAUAACCCCUACUGGUCGGAUGCCCACAAGCAGGAGUUCCUCGAGGAGCUGAUCAAGGGUUACGUGGCCACCGCGCGCAAGGUCAGCCAGGCCGGCGUCGGUACCGACGGCCCGAUGGCCUCCUUCGACGAGGACGAGUACCAGGACGACUUCUCCGAGGUGUACGCCUCCGGCCGGGCCGCGGCGGCUACCACCACCGAGCUUGGUCGCGAGACUGCCAAGUGGCGCGAGUAUGGGCUCACCUACUUCCCGCCCAAGGCGCCUGGGCUGGAGCCGCGCUUCCCCGUGCACCCGAUCAGCUUCUCCAAGCUGUCGAAGGAUGCCCCGGCCGAGCUCAAGGAUCUUGGCAGCCGCAACCUCCGGCCGUACAAGUACCUGCUGGAGAACGACUUCUCCAAGAGCCUGGUCGAUCGGGACGAGCUGCUCUACUACCACCGGAUCUUCUCGGCCGAUCGUGUUCCCCGGCCGGCCCGGAACCCCGGCCCCUCUGGUCGCCGUGGGAAGCUGGACUUCAGCAAUGGCUUCAACUUCCACUAUAACCAGGAGACCAUGCUGGACCGCGUGGAUGAGGCCUUCGAGAAUGCCGACCUCGACUAUGUCACUCACCGGCAGCUGGCUCGGAGCAUUGCCACUCGCCAGCCGCUCGACAAGUCCUCCAUCACUUACCAUGCGUCCACCGAUGUCGACGACCCGGUCUUCGUCAACCCGGCCAAGAUCCAGGACGAUGAGUAAGCGGGCGCGCCGAGGCGGCGACGCCGGCAGCAGCAUCUGGCGCUGGCAUGUCCCUUCUUUCCAUCACCAUGCAUGUGUGAGAAGCAGCACACGCACCGGCGGGCGGAUUGGUGGUCGCCUGGCGUCGCUGUCGACGACACGCGCCCUCGGGAGGCGCAGGCGGCCGGCGGCAGCAUCAUCAUCACUGGCGUUGCCGUCGCCGCCGCCAUCGUGCCCUUUGUCCGCCUGCCUCUCUCUGUCCCCCCCUCCCGGCGGCGCCGCGUGCACGGCCGAGCCCAAGCGUAUGGUGCCGGUUGGUGGCCUCCCCUCCUCUUCUUCGCCGACUCUUUCUCGUCUCUCUCUUUCUCUCCCUUCCCUCCUUGAUGUCGGCUCAUGGUCUCUCUUUCGCCGCAUGGCGGUGUCUGUCGCUGUCAUCCCAAAGCCACGGCAGGCUCCAUCGGCGAGGGGCGAUCCCCUGCCACUCUCCUAUCCCCCCCCCCCCUUCUCCCUCCUCUUCCUCCCCCCUCUUCCAGUAAUCCCUUCAUGCAAAUAUACUCUUUUAGACUUUCC